AUGAUUUCCCUGACCACUCAAGGAAAAUGGUCACCAGAAUUACAGGUUGCGCCCCUCGGACCCACUGCGCGACGGAUCCACCCGCGGAAGAGCCUGCCCAGCACCUGCGAAACCUCUGGUUCCUCCAGCGUCACCGCGAUGAAGAAAGUGGUUCAGCAGCUCCGGCUGGAAGCGGGGCUCAACCGCGUGAAAGUCUCCCAGGCAGCUGCAGAUUUGAAACAAUUCUGUCUGCAGAAUGUCCAACACGACCCCCUGCAAACUGGUGUAUCUUCAAGUACGAAUCCCUUCAGACCCCAGAAAGUCUGUUCCUUUUUGUAGUAAAACGAAUCUUUUGAUGGUUUUCUAAACCACUUUACAUGAACCAGUGAAUAUUCAAAGGAGAACUAAAUUUGAAGCCUGUACAAAAGCUUAUCCCAAUAACACGUGCCAUACUAUAUAAACUUCUUCCUUUGUCAGUCCUUAACAUCUA